GUCAGUUUGAAACGAUCAGACAAAGGCAGCAGGAAGCCCCACGGCUUGGCAAUGCGUGCGAGCUGAGCUCAAAUACUAAACGAAAGCCCCUCUCUUUUUUCCGUUCGCGGAGUCGCGCCGACGCUCGAAUACAUCUGAAUUUCUCUCACGACGAAUGUUUGGAAGAGUUUCGAGGGCUUUUGAAAAUGUACGACCGUCUGGAUCCUCGACUCGACCGAAGGCGUUCGUCUCAACACAAAAUGGGUAGCGCUGCCUGAGCGACCGCCCGUGUUUCACCCGUUGGUGAGGGUUUACGUUGGAAGCUUUUUGGGCUUUUUUGCAUUUGAAUCCUACUGCGCAACCAGACGGAUCACGUGGGACGGUGGAGUUGAUCGAUUUGCACAGUUAAAUGUGAAAAGAGAAACGGAGAACGACUGGGAAAAAGCUUUUUUUCCGGAUAAGGACUAUACUUGGCGAAGGGGGGGGAAAUAGAGGUGGGCUUACCGAAGUAGGCUAUUUUUUUUUACUCGGACGUAAGAUGGAGACGCACAUAUCGUGCCUCUUCCCGGAAAUCUUAGCCAUGAUCUUCAGCUACUUGGAGGUAAGGGACAAAGGCAGGGUGGCCCAAGUCUGUACGGCUUGGAGGGACGCGUCUUACCACAAAUCUGUGUGGCGGGGGGUGGAAGCGAAGCUGCAUCUGAGAAGGGCGAACCCGUCGCUGUUCCCCAGCCUUCAGGCCCGGGGCAUCCGGCGGGUGCAGAUUCUCAGCCUGCGGCGGAGCCUGAGCUACGUGAUCCAGGGUAUGCCAAACAUCGAGAGCCUGAACCUCAGCGGCUGCUACAACUUAACGGAUAACGGCCUGGGGCACGCGUUCGUCCAGGAGAUCCCGUCCCUGCGGGUGCUCAACCUCAGCCUGUGCAAGCAGAUCACCGACUCCAGCCUGGGCCGGAUCGCGCAGUACCUGAAGAACCUCGAGGUGCUCGAGCUGGGCGGCUGCAGCAACAUCACGAACACGGGGCUGCUGCUGAUCGCGUGGGGGCUGCACCGGCUCAAGAGCCUGAACCUGCGCAGCUGCCGGCACGUGUCUGACGUUGGCAUCGGGCACCUGGCGGGCAUGACCCGCAGCGCGGCAGAGGGCUGCCUGAGUCUCGAGUACCUCACGCUCCAAGACUGCCAGAAGCUCACGGACCUGUCGCUCAAGCACAUCUCCAAGGGCCUGACGCGGCUCAAAGUUCUCAACCUGAGUUUCUGCGGGGGGAUCUCUGACGCGGGCAUGAUACACCUCUCGCACAUGACCAGCCUGUGGACGCUCAACCUGCGCUCGUGCGACAACAUCAGUGACACCGGCAUCAUGCACCUGGCCAUGGGCACGCUCAGACUGUCGGGCCUCGACGUGUCUUUUUGCGACAAGAUCGGCGACCAGAGCCUGGCGUACAUCGCGCAGGGCCUUUAUCAGCUCAAGUCGCUGUCUCUCUGCUCGUGCCACAUCAGUGACGAUGGCAUCAACCGAAUGGUGCGACAGAUGCACGAGCUGAGGACCCUGAACAUUGGCCAGUGUGUGCGGAUAACGGACAAAGGAUUGGAGCUCAUCGCGGAUCAUCUGACCCAACUGACGGGGAUCGAUCUGUAUGGAUGUACUAAGAUCACUAAACGGGGACUCGAACGGAUAACUCAGCUCCCCUGUCUUAAGGUUUUGAACCUGGGCCUGUGGCAGAUGACCGAGAGCGAGAAAGUGAGGUGAAACUUGGUGAGAUUUUAGAGAGGGGAGGGGGGGUGGGGGUGUUUGGGGAGAGGAGGAGGAGGAGGAGGAGGAGGGGAGGGGGGUGAGAGAGGGCGGGGAGAUUUUCUUUAUUUAAAAAAAGAGAAAGGAUCCGCUCAGUGUAGUGGUGGUCGGUAUUUAAUGUAUUAAAACGGCAAGAAAUGUGACUUAUUUUAAGCGAAAUCUAAAAAAAAGAGUAUUUUUUACCUAAAGUUAAAUUAACAGGAUAUUUGGGCCAUUUUAUCCACAACUAAAAAAAAAAAAAACUUUUUAAAUUGUAUUUCUUAUCAAGUCGCAAUAUAGUCGCUUAACCCUCCUCCUCCUUCUUAAACUAUCGCGCCUAAAACAGUUCGGCUACCUCGCGGAUGUUGUUUGUGUAUCUUGUGUUUCUUUUAAAAGAGAGAAAAUGUUUGACAAAUUGUGCCUAGGAAUCGCCCCUCCCCCAUCGCGUCUCUCGCUUCAGCGUCGCAGAAUAAAGAGAGGGCCUAACUACCUUUGUUAAUUUGCCCCGAAAACGGUCAGCUAAAGACAGACAGAAAGGAAGGCGAGUUUCACAGCCAAGUCUGGCUCAUUUGAAAAUAAAAAUCGACUUUAUGCAAAGACGGAGAAAAUAGCCUACUGGUUUUUAUAUACAAAAAAAAAAGCUUUUCUUUCUUUUCUCAAUUGUUUUUAGUUGUUAGGUCAACUUACUAGGCCUCUCAAAGCCUUGGGUUCAAGCUUUUUGGAUAAGGAGUGUCUUCGGCUAUUGUGUUUUAUGCUUGUGUAAGCAGAUAUUCUUAAAUAAUUGCUGUUAUUCAGAGCAUUGUACUUCAAAUUGAAGUUAUUUCUUUAUAGAAAUACCCUUUUGAAUCAGUCGUUUCCCGUUCAGCUGCGUCCGCCCGACCGUCGGCACUAUACGCCUCCCGAAAUACAACCGUGUGUGUGAGAUGGAAGGAUUGUGUCCCGUUUUAAAAGAAAAUCUAAAUUUAUAUCAGAGGACAUGUUUUAAAACAAGGGGCAAUCGAUUUUUUUCUCGGGUAACAAGCAAGCGCGUGACAGGCCUAUGUACCAUGAUGUGUGGCACAUGCAACAUGUAUUAAGUCCUGCUGAAAGAGAUACUGUGUUUUAAUGUACUGUAAAUGUAUUUGUAAAAAAGAAGAAAAGAAUCCCAAAUUAAAUUGUUUUAUAUUCUUACAGCAAACAUUAAAGUUGAUAUUUAUAUAAUAAAA